AUGAGUGCUGCGGAUUGGUCAGCCCCCAUCGCGAACGGCAGGCCAGAUCGGCCACCCCUCAAGUUGCCCGAAUUUUGGCCUCAGAAUGUUCCGACCUGGUUUGCGGCAGUAGAAGCACUCUUCGCCUCCGAUGGGGUCACCUCCCAGUGGGCUAAAUUCUCACAUCUUGUGUUCGCUCUGCCCUCUGACCUUUCCAAUGAUUUGUGCGGUCACCUGCUUAACUCCAAUUCAUCCGCACCAUACGAUCGUUUGAAGAAUGCGGUUCUGAAAAUAACUUACUAUAAUACACCACCAAAAAUCGUUCACACGAACGCAAACAACAAAGUGCCCUCUGAGGUGCUGAGGCAGCCACGGAAUUCCGGCUCCGCCAGUAACCCCAAUCAGUCGGUAUUAAAGCAGCACUCUGGGCAACCGACUCCUCAUCGAAUGCUGAAAGCACUUGUGCCGAGGCAAAAUGGGGUGCCACACAGAGGACGCGAUUAUCUGGGCGAUCUGACGACGGAGAUCAAUAAAGCAGGCGUUCCAGCGCUGACGAGAACACUGUCGCCGGAAUCGGUGCCAGGCCUUCGGCAGAUUCAAUCAGACAUCCUCAGACUCCAGGCGCAGGUGGCUACGAUCUCGACUCGCCGAUCGAGAACUCGAGGUCGUAGCCUUCCGCGGUGUCAUCAGCGGUCCGGCAGUCGUCGGGAGGAACCGAGGAGGCAAGAGUGGUGUUGGUACCAUCGAUCUUUUGGUGUCAACGCUAGAAUGUGCACCAGCCCAUGCCAGUUUAAUGUGGAACGUACGAAAAUGGCCGCCAUUUCUCCCUAG